AUGAAUACAACAAUGGGAUCCAACACAACCGUAGCAUCGACACUAACUACGACGACCGAAUACUCUAUGGUUUUUAAAAAUCCAGUUGCAGUUGUUCGAUUCUAUCAGAUUGGAUACACAUUUACGUUUCUACUUGGUUUUCCUGGUAAUAUUGCAAGUUUCAUCACAUUUUCACGACCAACAUUACGAAAAGUAUCAACUGGAUGUUUGUUCAUUGUUUUGGCUAUAUCCGAUACAUUAUAUUUACUUAUGUGUGUAAUUGAUUAUCUUGAAUUUGGUCUAUCGGUUUCUUAUCAACGUCUAUCAUAUGAUGAUUUUUGUCGAUUUCGUACAUUUGUUAUGUGCGUAUCACAAAUAGCAUCAGCAUGGAUAUUAGUAAUAGUUUCACUUGAUCGAUGGAUACGAACACGAUUUCCGUUCAAAUCAGGUUCAUUAUGUACACCAAAAAACGCUUUAUUGACUGUUGGUGUCAUGCUUGUUGUGGAUAUACUUCUCAAUGCUCCACUGAUUACACCAUUGUUUGGGGGAUUUAUACGUGGCUUAGUAAUUGGAGCAUGUGGACCAACGUAUAUCAGUAUAACAUAUGUACUAUUCUAUUAUUACGACUGGAGUAUAAUUCAGAUCUUUACUACUUGUAUAAUACCGGCAACUAUCAUGACGAUACUUAUUAUUGAUAUAUUAAUUAGUACUCGUCUUCGUAGAAAAGCAAUGGCCCGACAAAAUCAAGCAUUGGAUUUAGAUAAAAAUGCACAGCGAAAAAAUGUGCUUCAAAGACAAAUGUUUAUUCUUAUGGUUGGAAGUGUUUGUAUUUUUCUAAUAGCAACACUUCCGGUAUCUAUUUAUAAAAUAGUAUCACCACAUAGUGAUAAUAUAAUCACCGCUUUAUUUCAAAUAGUUAGUAUCUGGACAGGUUUGGGAUGGUUUCAAAGUCUUUUAUAUGCAGUUAGUUUUUAUGUUCAUUGCCUUAGUUCAAAUUUAUUUCGUAAAGAAUUUAUGGCAAUAAUGAGAACUAUGUCGAAUAGAAUUCAUCCACGAACAGAGGUUAUUGAAAUAACACAAAGAGAGCGACGUGCUAAUACUCUUGCAACUUCAAGAAAAUUUUAA